AUGGGCCAAGGGGACGAGACAGAUCGCAUCGUGAUAAAUGUGGGAGGAACUCGCCAUCAGACCUACCGCAGCACCCUGCGAACCUUGCCGGGCACCAGGUUGGCUUGGCUGGCAGAGCCUGAUGCCCACAGCCACUUUGACUAUGACCCCAGGACCGACGAGUUCUUCUUCGACAGACACCCGGCCGUGUUCGCCCACAUCCUGAAUUACUACCGGACCGGCAAGCUGCACUGCCCUGCCGAUGUGUGUGGCCCCCUGUACGAGGAGGAGCUGGCUUUCUGGGGCAUCGAUGAGACCGAUGUGGAGCCUUGCUGCUGGAUGACCUAUAGGCAGCACCGGGACGCUGAGGAAGCCCUGGACAGCUUUGGUGGUGGACCUGUGGACAAUGGAGCAGAUGAUGGAGACGUGGAUGGUACAGGGGACUCAGGAGAUGGAGAAGAAGAGCUGGAGAUGACUAAGAGAUUGGCCCUAAGUGACUCCCCCGAUGGAAAGUCUGGAGGGUUUUGGAGGAGAUGGCAACCUCGGAUAUGGGCUCUGUUUGAAGACCCCUACUCCUCUAGAUAUGCAAGGUAUGUGGCAUUCGCCUCACUCUUCUUCAUCCUGGUCUCGAUCACCACUUUCUGCCUAGAGACACAUGAACGAUUUAAUCCUAUCGUCAACAAAACAGAGACUGAAAUUGUUGGGAAUGAGACCCAGCUGCGUUACUACAGGGAGACAGAGACAGAGGCAUUCCUCACCUACAUCGAAGGGGUCUGUGUGGUUUGGUUUACAUUCGAGUUUUUGAUGAGGAUUACAUUCUGCCCCAGAAAGGUGGAAUUUAUCAAAAACACUCUGAACAUCAUUGACUUUGUGGCCAUUCUGCCUUUCUAUCUGGAAGUUGGACUUAGUGGCUUGUCUUCUAAAGCUGCUAAAGACGUCUUGGGCUUCUUAAGAGUUGUCCGAUUUGUGCGAAUCCUUCGAAUUUUCAAGUUGACAAGGCAUUUUGUGGGCCUGAGGGUUCUAGGACAUACCCUCCGUGCCAGCACAAAUGAAUUCUUGCUUCUCAUCAUAUUUUUGGCAUUGGGUGUCCUAAUUUUUGCCACAAUGAUCUAUUAUGCUGAGAGGAUAGGUGCUAAUCCAAAUGAUCCUACUGCCAACAACCACACACAUUUUAAAAAUAUCCCAAUUGGCUUCUGGUGGGCCGUUGUCACCAUGACCACGCUGGGCUACGGAGACAUGUUCCCUCAGACCUGGUCUGGCAUGCUUGUAGGAGCUCUGUGUGCUCUUGCUGGUGUGCUUACCAUUGCCAUGCCUGUACCCGUCAUUGUGAACAAUUUUGGAAUGUAUUAUUCACUAGCUAUGGCUAAGCAGAAACUACCAAAGAAAAAAAAGAAGCAUAUUCCGCGGCCACCCCAACUGGGAUCCCCCAAUUAUUGUAAAUCCGUUGUAAACUCUCCACAUCACAGUACUCAAAGCGAUACAUGCCCGCUCGCACAAGAAGAAAUUUUAGAAAUUAACAGAGCAGAUCCCAAACUGAACGGAGAAGUGGCAAAGGCGGCGUUGGCACAUGAAGACUGUCCCCACAUAGACCAGACUAUAACGCCCGAUGAGGGCCUAUCCUUUACGCAGACUAGCUCUCGGGAGAAAGGCGGCCCCUACUUUCUCCUUUCACCCGAGGAAUACCCAAGUCCAACCGAAGGAGGAAUGAGAAAGGGCAUGUUUUUGCAAAGGGCGUCUUGUCAUUGCUAAAUAUAUGCAAAAAAAACAAAAAACACAAAAACGAAUCAGUCACAGUGAAAUGGAAUGAUGGAAACGGUAAUGAUCGAUCAAACUUACUCUGAUGGAAGCUUUGCAGAUAGAAAGGACCUGUACAUCCGUACACGUGGACAGAGACCAGUACGCAACGCUGUAAAUGGACAUAUUUUUGUGGUUGGAAGUUACGAUGCAGGCCUUUUUUUUUUUUUUACAGCCAGAUGUAAC